GGCAGGUUGUUCGGUAGUUCCUACCGAACUUCCCAGAAGAUGGGAACAGGUGGUGGGACACGAAUAUCACUAUGGAUAUCAAUACUAGCACUUGCCUUCGCACAGAUCAAAGUUCAAGCCCAGGGCAGUGAACAAAACUAUGUUCCUCCGUCUAUCCAGCAGCGACAAGACUAUCUUAGUACAGCCGGUUCCAAAUUGAAAGAAGUGAUUCUCUUUCCACCAUUUCAAAACACAUUGGCAGUAAAGUCUGGCAACCCCUCUCACAAUGGCCGUGUGUGCAGCACAUGGGGUAACUUCCACUUCAAGACCUUUGAUGGGGACAUCUUUUACUUCCCUGGGGUCUGCAAUUACGUCUUUGCAUCCAACUGCAAGUCCCCCUAUGAGGACUUCAACAUCCAGAUAAGGCGUACAAUGGUGGAAAAUGCUACCAUGAUCACCCACGUCAUCAUGAAGCUGGAGGGAGCAGGGAUUGAACUGACACGCAGCGCUGUCCUGGUUAAUGGCAAGCCGAUUCAGUUGCCCUACAAUCAGAUGGGAAUCUUGAUAGAGAGAAGUAACAGCUACUUGAAAGUUACUGCCAAGUUAGGACUGGUCUUCCUUUGGAAUGAAGAGGAUGCCCUCCUGGUGGAACUAGAUAAAAAAUAUGCCAACCAGACUUGCGGGCUUUGUGGGGACUUCAAUGGAAUACCAAUUAGCAAUGAGUUUAUUUCACAGAAUACAAAACUGACUCCCCUGCAAUUUGGGAACAGGCAGAAGGUCGAUGGACCCACAGAACAGUGUGAUGACCCUAUUGCUCCUGCUGUUCUGGGGAAUUGCACAGCUGAAUUUGGUUCUAUCUGUCAAACAGUAUUAAUCAGUGCAGCAUUCAGAAGCUGUAAUGCACUUGUGGAUGUUCAGGACUACAUUGAAAUUUGCAUACAAGACCUAUGCCACUGUGAUAACUCUAUGGCUGACUUCUGUAUGUGCAACACCUUUGCUGAAUACUCCCGGCAGUGCGCUCAUGCAGGUGGACAGCCUCUGAACUGGAGGACCUCUGAACUAUGUCCCAAAUCUUGUCCUUUCAACAUGCAAUACCAGGAAUGUGGCUCCCCCUGUUCUGACACCUGCACCAACCCGGAACGAUCUGCACUUUGUGAAGAUCACUGUACGGAUGGCUGCAUCUGUCCAGCAGGAAUGAUAUUUGAUGACAUUAAUGGUGCUGGCUGUAUUCCCCGUAAAGAAUGCCACUGUACCUACGAAGGUGAAAUUUAUGCUCCUGGUGCCUCCUUCUCAUCCAAGUGCAGAUCAUGUACCUGUGCUGGAGGUGAGUGGACUUGUGUCACCCAGUCAUGCCCAGGGACUUGCAGUAUUGAAGGAGGUUCCCACAUUUCAACAUUUGAUGAGAAGCAUUAUUCCUUCUUCGGAGACUGUAGCUAUGUCCUGACCAAGCUCUGUGACAACAACGAUUUCACUGUUCUGGGAGAAAUCCACAAGUGUGGCCUGACUGACACUGAGACAUGCCUCAAGGGUAUAGCCGUCAGUAUAAGUGGAGGACAAACUAACAUUGUGAUCCAGCCUUCUGGCAGUGUAUUUGUGAAUAUGAUCUACACACAACUGCCAUUCUCUGCAGCAAAUGUUACCCUCUUCAGGGCAUCAUCUUUCUUCCUCAUUUUACAAACAACCUUUGGUCUUCAGCUAGAGAUUCAGCUUGUGCCCAUCAUGCAACUUUAUAUAAACUUAGACCCAUCACAUAAAGGGCAGACCUGUGGUCUCUGUGGAAACUUCAAUGAUGUCCAGACAGAUGACUUCAAAACAACUAGUGGUGUAAUAGAGGGUACUUCAGCUGCCUAUGGCAACACGUGGAAAACUCGGGCUGAUUGUCCUGAUGCCAAAAUCACCUUUGAGAACCCCUGUACCCUCAGCAUAGAAAAUGAUCAGUAUGCUCAGCACUGGUGUGGACUGCUCUCUGAUACCACAGGACCUUUUGCUGAAUGUCAUUCAACAGUGAAUCCAGAAGUUUACCAGAAGAACUGUAUAUUUGACACAUGCAACUGUGAGAAAAGCGAGGACUGCAUGUGCGCUGCUCUUUCAAGCUACGUCAGGGCCUGCGCUGCUAAAGGAGUUCUCCUCACUGGAUGGAGGAGCACUGUGUGCAAAAAAUAUACCACCUCAUGUCCCAAAACCUUGGAGUACACUUACAAUGUUGAUUCCUGUCAACCCACUUGCCGGUCUCUGAGUGAGCCUGAUGUCACAUGCAACAUCAAGUUUGUCCCAGUUGAUGGCUGCACCUGCGUCAGUGGAACUUACAUGGAUGAAAGUGGCAAAUGCGUGCCUGCUUCUAGCUGUCCUUGUUACUACAAAGGAACCUCUCUACCUUCUGGGGAAGUUGUUCAUGAUAGUGGUGUUGUAUGCACUUGCAUCCAUGGAAAGCUGAGCUGCACUGGAGAAAAACCAGAACCGGUCUGUACACCUCCCAUGUUCUAUAUUGAUUGUGGCAACACCACUUCAGACAUGAUAGGAGCUGAGUGCCAGAAGAGCUGUCAGACUCUGGACGUGGGAUGCUACAGAACGCAGUGUGUCUCUGGCUGUGUAUGUCCUGGUAAUCAAGUGCUGGAUGGCGAAGGUGGAUGUAUAGCUGCAGAAGACUGUCCAUGUGUUCACAAUGGGGAUUCCUACCGUCCAGGAGAAUCAAUCAGGGUUGGCUGCAACAACUGCACGUGUAGAAACAGAAAAUGGCAAUGCUCCGAAGAACCUUGCCUAGAAACCUGUUCUGUUUAUGGAGAUGGACAUUACACAACCUUCGAUGGCAAACGUUUCGAUUUUGAAGGCGACUGUGAAUACGUUCUGGUCCAGAACUACUACUGUGGUAAAAAAAGUUUGAAUCAGGGAACCUUCAGAGUGAUCACUGAGAACAUUCCAUGUGGUACUACAGGAACCACCUGCUCUAAGUCUAUUAAAGUUUUUCUGGAGAACUAUGAAUUGGUGCUCAGUGAUGGACACUCUGAUGUCAUCCAGAGGACACCUGGAGGAGAAAUGCCAUUCCAAAUCCGUUCGAUGGGCAUCUACAUGGUGGUUGACACUAAUGUUGGCCUGAUACUCAUGUGGGACAAGAAAACCAGUAUAUUCAUCAAGCUUAGCCCCGGCUUUAAGGGACAUGUCUGUGGCCUCUGUGGAAACUAUGAUGGCAAUGGGAACAACGAUUUCACUACUCGCAGUCAGUCAGUGGUAGGGAAUGUGCUGGAGUUUGGCAACAGCUGGAAAGUGUCUUCCACUUGCCCAAACGCUAAUCGUACCAAAGAUCCCUGUGCUGCGAACCCUUACAGGAGCUCUUGGGCACAGAAGCAAUGCAGCAUCAUCACCAGUGAAGUUUUUGCGAGUUGUCACUCACAGGUUGAACCAAAUGAAUAUUACCAAGCAUGUGUGAAUGAUGCUUGUGCCUGUGACACUGGAGGAGACUGUGAAUGCUUCUGUACAGCGGUAGCUGCCUAUGCUCAAGCAUGCAAUGAGUUGGACAUCUGCAUCUCAUGGCGAACCCCAUCCAUUUGUCCUCUGUUCUGUGAUUACUACAAUCCACAAGGGGAAUGUGAAUGGCAUUACAAGCCAUGUGGAGCCCCUUGUAUGAAGACCUGCAGCAACCCAAGUGGGAAAUGCCUUCAUGAGCUGAGAGGUUUGGAAGGCUGCUAUCCACAUUGUCCAAACAAUAAACAGUAUUUUGAUGAAGAAACCAUGACCUGUGUUUCAUAUUGUGGUUGUUACGAUGUUAAUGGAAAACGUUACAAGCCAGGAAUGAAGAUGCCUUCAAAGGAGAAUUGUAAAUCAUGUGUAUGCACAACUAGUGGCAAAAAUUGCAAAUAUGAUGCAUAUGCAUGCCACUGCAUUUAUGAGGGACAGAUAUAUAACUAUAAAGAUGUGAUCUACAAUACUACGGAUGGCACAGGAGGAUGUAUUGUUGCAACCUGUGGUCCCAAUGGGACAAUUGAAAGGCAUAUCUAUGAAUGUCCGAGCACAACAUCGCCCACGUCAACACCAUUUCACUUCAGCACUACACCACCUGCCACUACUCACACAGUGUCACCAACUACAUCAGUAUGUGUUCAUGAAGUCUGUGACUGGUCAGAAUGGUAUGAUGGGAAUCAACGAAUGCCUGGCUACGAUGGUGGAGAUUUUGAAACAUUUGAUGAUUUGAGAGCUAAAGGUUAUGAAGUCUGUAAAGCUCCAAAGGCUGUUGAAUGCAGAGCAGAGAAAUUUCCUAACAUACCACUGAAAGAACUUGGCCAAAAACUAGAAUGCAGUAAAACAGCUGGACUUAUAUGUUACAACAAAGAUCAAAUUUCAACAAUGUGCUACAAUUACGAAAUCAGAAUCUUAUGUUGUGUUUUUGUACCAUGUACUCACACAACUGUCACCACAAAAUCUUAUGAAAGUACUACACCAGUCACACUUACGACUCCAGAAACAAUAACGACUACUAUUUCAAAAACCUCUCUUGAAACAACAACGAGUACUUCCACUGAGGUAAUACCCAGUACAGUACCUUGCAAACCUGAGUGCAAAUGGUCCAAAUGGUAUGAUGUCCAUUCCCCAAAUUUGCACAACAAGGGAGAUUAUGAAACUUACCAUGAUAUUAGAGCUGCUGGAAAAGCAAUUUGCAGAAACCCUGAAAAAAUACAAUGUAGAGCAGAGAAAUAUCCACACAACUCUAUCGAAGAAAUUGGCCAAGUUGUUCACUGUAAUGUAACAUAUGGACUUAUCUGUAGAAAUGAGGAUCAAAAAGGAGUACUGCGUAUAUGUCUUAAUUAUCAAAUAAAGGUAUUCUGUUGUGAUGACUACAGCCACUGCCAAACAACAAGAGUAACAUCUACUGCAUCACCUGAAACUUCUACGCAAAUAGUUCCAACUACAGAAAUUACAUCAUUUUCAUCCACCACAAGAUCAAGACCAAUUACCACAACAUUCAAACCCUCAACUGCUACAAGAACAACCACAAGCACAUCCACAACAGAAAAAACACCACCUGUCACCACUUCCCCUUCAACAGCUCCUCUUUGUAUUAAAGAAGAAUGUGAAUGGUCAGAGUGGUAUGAUGUCAGUUACCCGGGAUCUGCAUAUAACGAUGGAGAAUUUGAUACAAUUCAGAACAUAGAGAAACAUGGAUACAAAGUCUGCAAUAACAGAAAAGCGGUGGAAUGCAGAGCAGUAAGAUUCCCUGACACACCAUAUCAGCUCCUGGAGCAACACAUCACAUGUAACACAGAAGAAGGGUUGAUAUGCUACAAUAAAGACCAGUUACCACCAAUCUGCUACAACUACAUGGUAAGAUUUCAAUGCUGUACAAAUAGAACAGUACCAUGCUCAACAAAAGUGCCCCAUACAACUUCACAAAAAACAACACCAACAUCAACUAUCUCCAGCACCUCAUUUACGUAUACAUCCAUGAGAGAAACAAAACCAACCCAAACACCAAGCAUCCACACACAUAAGCCAAGGACGACUCAACCAACGACACCACCAAAAACACACCAUAUCCAUAAAAAAACUACAACGGAAAGCACGACAAAACCACACACAACAACAACACACAGAACCCCUGAAACACUAACACCAACAACCACCACCCUCCCCAGCACCACCACCUUCAUACCCAGCAUCCCCUCCAGCACCACGCACUCCACUACCUCCUGUCAGCCGGAACAGUGCUCCUGGAGCGAGUGGUUCGAUGUCGACUUCCCCUCCUCGGGGCCCGGCCAGGGAGACUUUGAAACCUACCAGCACAUCAGGGCCGCCGGACAGAAAGUCUGUUGGCACCCAAGAGACAUCCAGUGCCAGGCGGAGGACUACCCCGAUGUUUCCAUCGAGCACGUCGGGCAGGUCGUGCAGUGCGACGUCAACUUCGGACUGGUGUGCAAGAACGAAGACCAGGUUGGCCAGUUUAGGAUGUGCCUCAACUACAAGAUCCGCGUCCUCUGCUGCAGCCCAAACCCGCUCUGCUCUACCACCACCAUCACGCCCACCCCCAGCCCCACCACCAGCACCAGCAGCCCGUGGACGACCACCCCCACGGAAUCACCCCCCACAGUCACAACCUCCACCAGCACCCACUCCACCUCCUCCGAAACCACACCAACAACCACCACCCUCCCCAGCACCACCACCUUCAUACCCAGCGUCCCCUCCAGCACCACGCACUCCACUACCUCCUGUCAGCCGGAACAGUGCUCCUGGAGCGAGUGGUUCGAUGUCGACUUCCCCUCCUCGGGGCCCGGCCAGGGAGACUUUGAAACCUACCAGCACAUCAGGGCCGCCGGACAGAAAGUCUGUCGGCACCCAAGAGACAUCCAGUGCCAGGCGGAGGACUACCCCGAUGUUUCCAUCGAGCACGUCGGGCAGGUCGUGCAGUGCGACGUCAACUUCGGACUGGUGUGCAAGAACGAAGACCAGGUUGGCCAGUUUAGGAUGUGCCUCAACUACAAGAUCCGCGUCCUCUGCUGCAGCCCAAACCCGCUCUGCUCUACCACCACCAUCACGCCCACCCCCAGCCCCACCACCAGCACCAGCAGCCCGUGGACGACCACCCCCACGGAAUCACCCCCCACAGUCACAACCUCCACCAGCACCCACUCCACCUCCUCCGAAACCACACCAACAACCACCACCCUCCCCAGCACCACCACCUUCAUACCCAGCGUCCCCUCCAGCACCACGCACUCCACUACCUCCUGUCAGCCGGAACAGUGCUCCUGGAGCGAGUGGUUCGAUGUCGACUUCCCCUCCUCGGGGCCCGGCCAGGGAGACUUUGAAACCUACCAGCACAUCAGGGCCGCCGGACAGAAAGUCUGUCGGCACCCAAGAGACAUCCAGUGCCAGGCGGAGGACUACCCCGAUGUUUCCAUCGAGCACGUCGGGCAGGUCGUGCAGUGCGACGUCAACUUCGGACUGGUGUGCAAGAACGAAGACCAGGUUGGCCAGUUUAGGAUGUGCCUCAACUACAAGAUCCGCGUCCUCUGCUGCAGCCCAAACCCGCUCUGCUCUACCACCACCAUCACGCCCACCCCCAGCCCCACCACCAGCACCAGCAGCCCGUGGACGACCACCCCCACGGAAUCACCCCCCACAGUCACAACCUCCACCAGCACCCACUCCACCUCCUCCGAAACCACACCAACAACCACCACCCUCCCCAGCACCACCACCUUCAUACCCAGCGUCCCCUCCAGCACCACGCACUCCACUACCUCCUGUCAGCCGGAACAGUGCUCCUGGAGCGAGUGGUUCGAUGUCGACUUCCCCUCCUCGGGGCCUGGCCAGGGAGACUUUGAAACCUACCAGCACAUCAGGGCCGCCGGACAGAAAGUCUGUCGGCACCCAAGAGACAUCCAGUGCCAGGCGGAGGACUACCCCGAUGUUUCCAUCGAGCACGUCGGGCAGGUCGUGCAGUGCGACGUCAACUUCGGACUGGUGUGCAAGAACGAAGACCAGGUUGGCCAGUUUAGGAUGUGCCUCAACUACAAGAUCCGCGUCCUCUGCUGCAGCCCAAACCCGCUCUGCUCUACCACCACCAUCACGCCCACCCCCAGCCCCACCACCAGCACCAGCAGCCCGUGGACGACCACCCCCACGGAAUCACCCCCCACAGUCACAACCUCCACCAGCACCCACUCCACCUCCUCCGAAACCACACCAACAACCACCACCCUCCCCAGCACCACCACCUUCAUACCCAGCGUCCCCUCCAGCACCACGCACUCCACUACCUCCUGUCAGCCGGAACAGUGCUCCUGGAGCGAGUGGUUCGAUGUCGACUUCCCCUCCUCGGGGCCCGGCCAGGGAGACUUUGAAACCUACCAGCACAUCAGGGCCGCCGGACAGAAAGUCUGUCGGCACCCAAGAGACAUCCAGUGCCAGGCGGAGGACUACCCCGAUGUUUCCAUCGAGCACGUCGGGCAGGUCGUGCAGUGCGACGUCAACUUCGGACUGGUGUGCAAGAACGAAGACCAGGUUGGCCAGUUUAGGAUGUGCCUCAACUACAAGAUCCGCGUCCUCUGCUGCAGCCCAAACCCGCUCUGCUCUACCACCACCAUCAUGCCCACCCCCAGCCCCACCACCAGCACCAGCAGCCCAUGGACGACCACCCCCACGGAAUCACCCCCCACAGUCACAACCUCCACCAGCACCCACUCCACCUCCUCCGAAACCACACCAACAACCACCACCCUCCCCAGCACCACCACCUUCAUACCCAGCGUCCCCUCCAGCACCACGCACUCCACUACCUCCUGUCAGCCGGAACAGUGCUCCUGGAGCGAGUGGUUCGAUGUCGACUUCCCCUCCUCGGGGCCCGGCCAGGGAGACUUUGAAACCUACCAGCACAUCAGGGCCGCCGGACAGAAAGUCUGUCGGCACCCAAGAGACAUCCAGUGCCAGGCGGAGGACUACCCCGAUGUUUCCAUCGAGCACGUCGGGCAGGUCGUGCAGUGCGACGUCAACUUCGGACUGGUGUGCAAGAACGAAGACCAGGUUGGCCAGUUUAGGAUGUGCCUCAACUACAAGAUCCGCGUCCUCUGCUGCAGCCCAAACCCGCUCUGCUCUACCACCACCAUCACGCCCACCCCCAGCCCCACCACCAGCACCAGCAGCCCGUGGACGACCACCCCCACGGAAUCACCCCCCACAGUCACAACCUCCACCAGCACCCACUCCACCUCCUCCGAAACCACACCAACAACCACCACCCUCCCCAGCACCACCACCUUCAUACCCAGCGUCCCCUCCAGCACCACGCACUCCACUACCUCCUGUCAGCCGGAACAGUGCUCCUGGAGCGAGUGGUUCGAUGUCGACUUCCCCUCCUCGGGGCCCGGCCAGGGAGACUUUGAAACCUACCAGCACAUCAGGGCCGCCGGACAGAAAGUCUGUCGGCACCCAAGAGACAUCCAGUGCCAGGCGGAGGACUACCCCGAUGUUUCCAUCGAGCACGUCGGGCAGGUCGUGCAGUGCGACGUCAACUUCGGACUGGUGUGCAAGAACGAAGACCAGGUUGGCCAAUUUAGGAUGUGCCUCAACUACAAGAUCCGCGUCCUCUGCUGCAGCCCAAACCCGCUCUGCUCUACCACCACCAUCACGCCCACCCCCAGCCCCACCACCAGCACCAGCAGCCCGUGGACGACCACCCCCACGGAAUCACCCCCCACAGUCACAACCUCCACCAGCACCCACUCCACCUCCUCCGAAACCACACCAACAACCACCACCCUCCCCAGCACCACCACCUUCAUACCCAGCGUCCCCUCCAGCACCACGCACUCCACUACCUCCUGUCAGCCGGAACAGUGCUCCUGGAGCGAGUGGUUCGAUGUCGACUUCCCCUCCUCGGGGCCCGGCCAGGGAGACUUUGAAACCUACCAGCACAUCAGGGCCGCCGGACAGAAAGUCUGUCGGCACCCAAGAGACAUCCAGUGCCAGGCGGAGGACUACCCCGAUGUUUCCAUCGAGCACGUCGGGCAGGUCGUGCAGUGCGACGUCAACUUCGGACUGGUGUGCAAGAACGAAGACCAGGUUGGCCAGUUUAGGAUGUGCCUCAACUACAAGAUCCGCGUCCUCUGCUGCAGCCCAAACCCGCUCUGCUCUACCACCACCAUCACGCCCACCCCCAGCCCCACCACCAGCACCAGCAGCCCGUGGACGACCACCCCCACGGAAUCACCCCCCACAGUCACAACCUCCACCAGCACCCACUCCACCUCCUCCGAAACCACACCAACAACCACCACCCUCCCCAGCACCACCACCUUCAUACCCAGCGUCCCCUCCAGCACCACGCACUCCACUACCUCCUGUCAGCCGGAACAGUGCUCCUGGAGCGAGUGGUUCGAUGUCGACUUCCCCUCCUCGGGGCCCGGCCAGGGAGACUUUGAAACCUACCAGCACAUCAGGGCCGCCGGACAGAAAGUCUGUCGGCACCCAAGAGACAUCCAGUGCCAGGCGGAGGACUACCCCGAUGUUUCCAUCGAGCACGUCGGGCAGGUCGUGCAGUGCGACGUCAGCUUCGGACUGGUGUGCAAGAACGAAGACCAGGUUGGCCAGUUUAGGAUGUGCCUCAACUACAAGAUCCGCGUCCUCUGCUGCAGCCCAAACCCGCUCUGCUCUACCACCACCAUCACGCCCACCCCCAGCCCCACCACCAGCACCAGCAGCCCGUGGACGACCACCCCCACGGAAUCACCCCCCACAGUCACAACCUCCACCAGCACCCACUCCACCUCCUCCGAAACCACACCAACAACCACCACCCUCCCCAGCACCACCACCUUCAUACCCAGCGUCCCCUCCAGCACCACGCACUCCACUACCUCCUGUCAGCCGGAACAGUGCUCCUGGAGCGAGUGGUUCGAUGUCGACUUCCCCUCCUCGGGGCCCGGCCAGGGAGACUUUGAAACCUACCAGCACAUCAGGGCCGCCGGACAGAAAGUCUGUCGGCACCCAAGAGACAUCCAGUGCCAGGCGGAGGACUACCCCGAUGUUUCCAUCGAGCACGUCGGGCAGGUCGUGCAGUGCGACGUCAGCUUCGGACUGGUGUGCAAGAACGAAGACCAGGUUGGCCAGUUUAGGAUGUGCCUCAACUACAAGAUCCGCGUCCUCUGCUGCAGCCCAAACCCGCUCUGCUCUACCACCACCAUCACGCCCACCCCCAGCCCCACCACCAGCACCAGCAGCCCGUGGACGACCACCCCCACGGAAUCACCCCCCACAGUCACAACCUCCACCAGCACCCACUCCACCUCCUCCGAAACCACACCAACAACCACCACCCUCCCCAGCACCACCACCUUCAUACCCAGCGUCCCCUCCAGCACCACGCACUCCACUACCUCCUGUCAGCCGGAACAGUGCUCCUGGAGCGAGUGGUUCGAUGUCGACUUCCCCUCCUCGGGGCCCGGCCAGGGAGACUUUGAAACCUACCAGCACAUCAGGGCCGCCGGACAGAAAGUCUGUCGGCACCCAAGAGACAUCCAGUGCCAGGCGGAGGACUACCCCGAUGUUUCCAUCGAGCACGUCGGGCAGGUCGUGCAGUGCGACGUCAGCUUCGGACUGGUGUGCAAGAACGAAGACCAGGUUGGCCAGUUUAGGAUGUGCCUCAACUACAAGAUCCGCGUCCUCUGCUGCAGCCCAAACCCGCUCUGCUCUACCACCACCAUCACGCCCACCCCCAGCCCCACCACCAGCACCAGCAGCCCGUGGACGACCACCCCCACGGAAUCACCCCCCACAGUCACAACCUCCACCAGCACCCACUCCACCUCCUCCGAAACCACACCAACAACCACCACCCUCCCCAGCACCACCACCUUCAUACCCAGCGUCCCCUCCAGCACCACGCACUCCACUACCUCCUGUCAGCCGGAACAGUGCUCCUGGAGCGAGUGGUUCGAUGUCGACUUCCCCUCCUCGGGGCCCGGCCAGGGAGACUUUGAAACCUACCAGCACAUCAGGGCCGCCGGACAGAAAGUCUGUCGGCACCCAAGAGACAUCCAGUGCCAGGCGGAGGACUACCCCGAUGUUUCCAUCGAGCACGUCGGGCAGGUCGUGCAGUGCGACGUCAGCUUCGGACUGGUGUGCAAGAACGAAGACCAGGUUGGCCAGUUUAGGAUGUGCCUCAACUACAAGAUCCGCGUCCUCUGCUGCAGCCCAAACCCGCUCUGCUCUACCACCACCAUCACGCCCACCCCCAGCCCCACCACCAGCACCAGCAGCCCGUGGACGACCACCCCCACGGAAUCACCCCCCACAGUCACAACCUCCACCAGCACCCACUCCACCUCCUCCGAAACCACACCAACAACCACCACCCUCCCCAGCACCACCACCUUCAUACCCAGCGUCCCCUCCAGCACCACGCACUCCACUACCUCCUGUCAGCCGGAACAGUGCUCCUGGAGCGAGUGGUUCGAUGUCGACUUCCCCUCCUCGGGGCCCGGCCAGGGAGACUUUGAAACCUACCAGCACAUCAGGGCCGCCGGACAGAAAGUCUGUCGGCACCCAAGAGACAUCCAGUGCCAGGCGGAGGACUACCCCGAUGUUUCCAUCGAGCACGUCGGGCAGGUCGUGCAGUGCGACGUCAGCUUCGGACUGGUGUGCAAGAACGAAGACCAGGUUGGCCAGUUUAGGAUGUGCCUCAACUACAAGAUCCGCGUCCUCUGCUGCAGCCCAAACCCGCUCUGCUCUACCACCACCAUCACGCCCACCCCCAGCCCCACCACCAGCACCAGCAGCCCGUGGACGACCACCCCCACGGAAUCACCCCCCACAGUCACAACCUCCACCAGCACCCACUCCACCUCCUCCGAAACCACACCAACAACCACCACCCUCCCCAGCACCACCACCUUCAUACCCAGCGUCCCCUCCAGCACCACGCACUCCACUACCUCCUGUCAGCCGGAACAGUGCUCCUGGAGCGAGUGGUUCGAUGUCGACUUCCCCUCCUCGGGGCCCGGCCAGGGAGACUUUGAAACCUACCAGCACAUCAGGGCCGCCGGACAGAAAGUCUGUCGGCACCCAAGAGACAUCCAGUGCCAGGCGGAGGACUACCCCGAUGUUUCCAUCGAGCACGUCGGGCAGGUCGUGCAGUGCGACGUCAACUUCGGACUGGUGUGCAAGAACGAAGACCAGGUUGGCCAGUUUAGGAUGUGCCUCAACUACAAGAUCCGCGUCCUCUGCUGCAGCCCAAACCCGCUCUGCUCUACCACCACCAUCACGCCCACCCCCAGCCCCACCACCAGCACCAGCAGCCCGUGGACGACCACCCCCACGGAAUCACCCCCCACAGUCACAACCUCCACCAGCACCCACUCCACCUCCUCCGAAACCACACCAACAACCACCACCCUCCCCAGCACCACCACCUUCAUACCCAGCGUCCCCUCCAGCACCACGCACUCCACUACCUCCUGUCAGCCGGAACAGUGCUCCUGGAGCGAGUGGUUCGAUGUCGACUUCCCCUCCUCGGGGCCCGGCCAGGGAGACUUUGAAACCUACCAGCACAUCAGGGCCGCCGGACAGAAAGUCUGUCGGCACCCAAGAGACAUCCAGUGCCAGGCGGAGGACUACCCCGAUGUUUCCAUCGAGCACGUCGGGCAGGUCGUGCAGUGCGACGUCAGCUUCGGACUGGUGUGCAAGAACGAAGACCAGGUUGGCCAGUUUAGGAUGUGCCUCAACUACAAGAUCCGCGUCCUCUGCUGCAGCCCAAACCCGCUCUGCUCUACCACCACCAUCACGCCCACCCCCAGCCCCACCACCAGCACCAGCAGCCCGUGGACGACCACCCCCACGGAAUCACCCCCCACAGUCACAACCUCCACCAGCACCCACUCCACCUCCUCCGAAACCACACCAACAACCACCACCCUCCCCAGCACCACCACCUUCAUACCCAGCGUCCCCUCCAGCACCACGCACUCCACUACCUCCUGUCAGCCGGAACAGUGCUCCUGGAGCGAGUGGUUCGAUGUCGACUUCCCCUCCUCGGGGCCCGGCCAGGGAGACUUUGAAACCUACCAGCACAUCAGGGCCGCCGGACAGAAAGUCUGUCGGCACCCAAGAGACAUCCAGUGCCAGGCGGAGGACUACCCCGAUGUUUCCAUCGAGCACGUCGGGCAGGUCGUGCAGUGCGACGUCAACUUCGGACUGGUGUGCAAGAACGAAGACCAGGUUGGCCAGUUUAGGAUGUGCCUCAACUACAAGAUCCGCGUCCUCUGCUGCAGCCCAAACCCGCUCUGCUCUACCACCACCAUCACGCCCACCCCCAGCCCCACCACCAGCACCAGCAGCCCGUGGACGACCACCCCCACGGAAUCACCCCCCACAGUCACAACCUCCACCAGCACCCACUCCACCUCCUCCGAAACCACACCAACAACCACCACCCUCCCCAGCACCACCACCUUCAUACCCAGCGUCCCCUCCAGCACCACGCACUCCACUACCUCCUGUCAGCCGGAACAGUGCUCCUGGAGCGAGUGGUUCGAUGUCGACUUCCCCUCCUCGGGGCCCGGCCAGGGAGACUUUGAAACCUACCAGCACAUCAGGGCCGCCGGACAGAAAGUCUGUCGGCACCCAAGAGACAUCCAGUGCCAGGCGGAGGACUACCCCGAUGUUUCCAUCGAGCACGUCGGGCAGGUCGUGCAGUGCGACGUCAGCUUCGGACUGGUGUGCAAGAACGAAGACCAGGUUGGCCAGUUUAGGAUGUGCCUCAACUACAAGAUCCGCGUCCUCUGCUGCAGCCCAAACCCGCUCUGCUCUACCACCACCAUCACGCCCACCCCCAGCCCCACCACCAGCACCAGCAGCCCGUGGACGACCACCCCCACGGAAUCACCCCCCACAGUCACAACCUCCACCAGCACCCACUCCACCUCCUCCGAAACCACACCAACAACCACCACCCUCCCCAGCACCACCACCUUCAUACCCAGCGUCCCCUCCAGCACCACGCACUCCACUACCUCCUGUCAGCCGGAACAGUGCUCCUGGAGCGAGUGGUUCGAUGUCGACUUCCCCUCCUCGGGGCCCGGCCAGGGAGACUUUGAAACCUACCAGCACAUCAGGGCCGCCGGACAGAAAGUCUGUCGGCACCCAAGAGACAUCCAGUGCCAGGCGGAGGACUACCCCGAUGUUUCCAUCGAGCACGUCGGGCAGGUCGUGCAGUGCGACGUCAGCUUCGGACUGGUGUGCAAGAACGAAGACCAGGUUGGCCAGUUUAGGAUGUGCCUCAACUACAAGAUCCGCGUCCUCUGCUGCAGCCCAAACCCGCUCUGCUCUACCACCACCAUCACGCCCACCCCCAGCCCCACCACCAGCACCAGCAGCCCGUGGACGACCACCCCCACGGAAUCACCCCCCACAGUCACAACCUCCACCAGCACCCACUCCACCUCCUCCGAAACCACACCAACAACCACCACCCUCCCCAGCACCACCACCUUCAUACCCAGCGUCCCCUCCAGCACCACGCACUCCACUACCUCCUGUCAGCCGGAACAGUGCUCCUGGAGCGAGUGGUUCGAUGUCGACUUCCCCUCCUCGGGGCCCGGCCAGGGAGACUUUGAAACCUACCAGCACAUCAGGGCCGCCGGACAGAAAGUCUGUCGGCACCCAAGAGACAUCCAGUGCCAGGCGGAGGACUACCCCGAUGUUUCCAUCGAGCACGUCGGGCAGGUCGUGCAGUGCGACGUCAACUUCGGACUGGUGUGCAAGAACGAAGACCAGGUUGGCCAGUUUAGGAUGUGCCUCAACUACAAGAUCCGCGUCCUCUGCUGCAGCCCAAACCCGCUCUGCUCUACCACCACCAUCACGCCCACCCCCAGCCCCACCACCAGCACCAGCAGCCCGUGGACGACCACCCCCACGGAAUCACCCCCCACAGUCACAACCUCCACCAGCACCCACUCCACCUCCUCCGAAACCACACCAACAACCACCACCCUCCCCAGCACCACCACCUUCAUACCCAGCGUCCCCUCCAGCACCACGCACUCCACUACCUCCUGUCAGCCGGAACAGUGCUCCUGGAGCGAGUGGUUCGAUGUCGACUUCCCCUCCUCGGGGCCCGGCCAGGGAGACUUUGAAACCUACCAGCACAUCAGGGCCGCCGGACAGAAAGUCUGUCGGCACCCAAGAGACAUCCAGUGCCAGGCGGAGGACUACCCCGAUGUUUCCAUCGAGCACGUCGGGCAGGUCGUGCAGUGCGACGUCAGCUUCGGACUGGUGUGCAAGAACGAAGACCAGGUUGGCCAGUUUAGGAUGUGCCUCAACUACAAGAUCCGCGUCCUCUGCUGCAGCCCAAACCCGCUCUGCUCUACCACCACCAUCACGCCCACCCCCAGCCCCACCACCAGCACCAGCAGCCCGUGGACGACCACCCCCACGGAAUCACCCCCCACAGUCACAACCUCCACCAGCACCCACUCCACCUCCUCCGAAACCACACCAACAACCACCACCCUCCCCAGCACCACCACCUUCAUACCCAGCGUCCCCUCCAGCACCACGCACUCCACUACCUCCUGUCAGCCGGAACAGUGCUCCUGGAGCGAGUGGUUCGAUGUCGACUUCCCCUCCUCGGGGCCCGGCCAGGGAGACUUUGAAACCUACCAGCACAUCAGGGCCGCCGGACAGAAAGUCUGUCGGCACCCAAGAGACAUCCAGUGCCAGGCGGAGGACUACCCCGAUGUUUCCAUCGAGCACGUCGGGCAGGUCGUGCAGUGCGACGUCAGCUUCGGACUGGUGUGCAAGAACGAAGACCAGGUUGGCCAGUUUAGGAUGUGCCUCAACUACAAGAUCCGCGUCCUCUGCUGCAGCCCAAACCCGCUCUGCUCUACCACCACCAUCACGCCCACCCCCAGCCCCACCACCAGCACCAGCAGCCCGUGGACGACCACCCCCACGGAAUCACCCCCCACAGUCACAACCUCCACCAGCACCCACUCCACCUCCUCCGAAACCACACCAACAACCACCACCCUCCCCAGCACCACCACCUUCAUACCCAGCGUCCCCUCCAGCACCACGCACUCCACUACCUCCUGUCAGCCGGAACAGUGCUCCUGGAGCGAGUGGUUCGAUGUCGACUUCCCCUCCUCGGGGCCCGGCCAGGGAGACUUUGAAACCUACCAGCACAUCAGGGCCGCCGGACAGAAAGUCUGUCGGCACCCAAGAGACAUCCAGUGCCAGGCGGAGGACUACCCCGAUGUUUCCAUCGAGCACGUCGGGCAGGUCGUGCAGUGCGACGUCAGCUUCGGACUGGUGUGCAAGAACGAAGACCAGGUUGGCCAGUUUAGGAUGUGCCUCAACUACAAGAUCCGCGUCCUCUGCUGCAGCCCAAACCCGCUCUGCUCUACCACCACCAUCACGCCCACCCCCAGCCCCACCACCAGCACCAGCAGCCCGUGGACGACCACCCCCACGGAAUCACCCCCCACAGUCACAACCUCCACCAGCACCCACUCCACCUCCUCCGAAACCACACCAACAACCACCACCCUCCCCAGCACCACCACCUUCAUACCCAGCGUCCCCUCCAGCACCACGCACUCCACUACCUCCUGUCAGCCGGAACAGUGCUCCUGGAGCGAGUGGUUCGAUGUCGACUUCCCCUCCUCGGGGCCCGGCCAGGGAGACUUUGAAACCUACCAGCACAUCAGGGCCGCCGGACAGAAAGUCUGUCGGCACCCAAGAGACAUCCAGUGCCAGGCGGAGGACUACCCCGAUGUUUCCAUCGAGCACGUCGGGCAGGUCGUGCAGUGCGACGUCAGCUUCGGACUGGUGUGCAAGAACGAAGACCAGGUUGGCCAGUUUAGGAUGUGCCUCAACUACAAGAUCCGCGUCCUCUGCUGCAGCCCAAACCCGCUCUGCUCUACCACCACCAUCACGCCCACCCCCAGCCCCACCACCAGCACCAGCAGCCCGUGGACGACCACCCCCACGGAAUCACCCCCCACAGUCACAACCUCCACCAGCACCCACUCCACCUCCUCCGAAACCACACCAACAACCACCACCCUCCCCAGCACCACCACCUUCAUACCCAGCGUCCCCUCCAGCACCACGCACUCCACUACCUCCUGUCAGCCGGAACAGUGCUCCUGGAGCGAGUGGUUCGAUGUCGACUUCCCCUCCUCGGGGCCCGGCCAGGGAGACUUUGAAACCUACCAGCACAUCAGGGCCGCCGGACAGAAAGUCUGUCGGCACCCAAGAGACAUCCAGUGCCAGGCGGAGGACUACCCCGAUGUUUCCAUCGAGCACGUCGGGCAGGUCGUGCAGUGCGACGUCAACUUCGGACUGGUGUGCAAGAACGAAGACCAGGUUGGCCAGUUUAGGAUGUGCCUCAACUACAAGAUCCGCGUCCUCUGCUGCAGCCCAAACCCGCUCUGCUCUACCACCACCAUCACGCCCACCCCCAGCCCCACCACCAGCACCAGCAGCCCGUGGACGACCACCCCCACGGAAUCACCCCCCACAGUCACAACCUCCACCAGCACCCACUCCACCUCCUCCGAAACCACACCAACAACCACCACCCUCCCCAGCACCACCACCUUCAUACCCAGCGUCCCCUCCAGCACCACGCACUCCACUACCUCCUGUCAGCCGGAACAGUGCUCCUGGAGCGAGUGGUUCGAUGUCGACUUCCCCUCCUCGGGGCCCGGCCAGGGAGACUUUGAAACCUACCAGCACAUCAGGGCCGCCGGACAGAAAGUCUGUCGGCACCCAAGAGACAUCCAGUGCCAGGCGGAGGACUACCCCGAUGUUUCCAUCGAGCACGUCGGGCAGGUCGUGCAGUGCGACGUCAACUUCGGACUGGUGUGCAAGAACGAAGACCAGGUUGGCCAGUUUAGGAUGUGCCUCAACUACAAGAUCCGCGUCCUCUGCUGCAGCCCAAACCCGCUCUGCUCUACCACCACCAUCACGCCCACCCCCAGCCCCACCACCAGCACCAGCAGCCCGUGGACGACCACCCCCACGGAAUCACCCCCCACAGUCACAACCUCCACCAGCACCCACUCCACCUCCUCCGAAACCACACCAACAACCACCACCCUCCCCAGCACCACCACCUUCAUACCCAGCGUCCCCUCCAGCACCACGCACUCCACUACCUCCUGUCAGCCGGAACAGUGCUCCUGGAGCGAGUGGUUCGAUGUCGACUUCCCCUCCUCGGGGCCCGGCCAGGGAGACUUUGAAACCUACCAGCACAUCAGGGCCGCCGGACAGAAAGUCUGUCGGCACCCAAGAGACAUCCAGUGCCAGGCGGAGGACUACCCCGAUGUUUCCAUCGAGCACGUCGGGCAGGUCGUGCAGUGCGACGUCAACUUCGGACUGGUGUGCAAGAACGAAGACCAGGUUGGCCAGUUUAGGAUGUGCCUCAACUACAAGAUCCGCGUCCUCUGCUGCAGCCCAAACCCGCUCUGCUCUACCACCACCAUCACGCCCACCCCCAGCCCCACCACCAGCACCAGCAGCCCGUGGACGACCACCCCCACGGAAUCACCCCCCACAGUCACAACCUCCACCAGCACCCACUCCACCUCCUCCGAAACCACACCAACAACCACCACCCUCCCCAGCACCACCACCUUCAUACCCAGCGUCCCCUCCAGCACCACGCACUCCACUACCUCCUGUCAGCCGGAACAGUGCUCCUGGAGCGAGUGGUUCGAUGUCGACUUCCCCUCCUCGGGGCCCGGCCAGGGAGACUUUGAAACCUACCAGCACAUCAGGGCCGCCGGACAGAAAGUCUGUCGGCACCCAAGAGACAUCCAGUGCCAGGCGGAGGACUACCCCGAUGUUUCCAUCGAGCACGUCGGGCAGGUCGUGCAGUGCGACGUCAGCUUCGGACUGGUGUGCAAGAACGAAGACCAGGUUGGCCAGUUUAGGAUGUGCCUCAACUACAAGAUCCGCGUCCUCUGCUGCAGCCCAAACCCGCUCUGCUCUACCACCACCAUCACGCCCACCCCCAGCCCCACCACCAGCACCAGCAGCCCGUGGACGACCACCCCCACGGAAUCACCCCCCACAGUCACAACCUCCACCAGCACCCACUCCACCUCCUCCGAAACCACACCAACAACCACCACCCUCCCCAGCACCACCACCUUCAUACCCAGCGUCCCCUCCAGCACCACGCACUCCACUACCUCCUGUCAGCCGGAACAGUGCUCCUGGAGCGAGUGGUUCGAUGUCGACUUCCCCUCCUCGGGGCCCGGCCAGGGAGACUUUGAAACCUACCAGCACAUCAGGGCCGCCGGACAGAAAGUCUGUCGGCACCCAAGAGACAUCCAGUGCCAGGCGGAGGACUACCCCGAUGUUUCCAUCGAGCACGUCGGGCAGGUCGUGCAGUGCGACGUCAACUUCGGACUGGUGUGCAAGAACGAAGACCAGGUUGGCCAGUUUAGGAUGUGCCUCAACUACAAGAUCCGCGUCCUCUGCUGCAGCCCAAACCCGCUCUGCUCUACCACCACCAUCACGCCCACCCCCAGCCCCACCACCAGCACCAGCAGCCCGUGGACGACCACCCCCACGGAAUCACCCCCCACAGUCACAACCUCCACCAGCACCCACUCCACCUCCUCCGAAACCACACCAACAACCACCACCCUCCCCAGCACCACCACCUUCAUACCCAGCGUCCCCUCCAGCACCACGCACUCCACUACCUCCUGUCAGCCGGAACAGUGCUCCUGGAGCGAGUGGUUCGAUGUCGACUUCCCCUCCUCGGGGCCCGGCCAGGGAGACUUUGAAACCUACCAGCACAUCAGGGCCGCCGGACAGAAAGUCUGUCGGCACCCAAGAGACAUCCAGUGCCAGGCGGAGGACUACCCCGAUGUUUCCAUCGAGCACGUCGGGCAGGUCGUGCAGUGCGACGUCAACUUCGGACUGGUGUGCAAGAACGAAGACCAGGUUGGCCAGUUUAGGAUGUGCCUCAACUACAAGAUCCGCGUCCUCUGCUGCAGCCCAAACCCGCUCUGCUCUACCACCACCAUCACGCCCACCCCCAGCCCCACCACCAGCACCAGCAGCCCGUGGACGACCACCCCCACGGAAUCACCCCCCACAGUCACAACCUCCACCAGCACCCACUCCACCUCCUCCGAAACCACACCAACAACCACCACCCUCCCCAGCACCACCACCUUCAUACCCAGCGUCCCCUCCAGCACCACGCACUCCACUACCUCCUGUCAGCCGGAACAGUGCUCCUGGAGCGAGUGGUUCGAUGUCGACUUCCCCUCCUCGGGGCCCGGCCAGGGAGACUUUGAAACCUACCAGCACAUCAGGGCCGCCGGACAGAAAGUCUGUCGGCACCCAAGAGACAUCCAGUGCCAGGCGGAGGACUACCCCGAUGUUUCCAUCGAGCACGUCGGGCAGGUCGUGCAGUGCGACGUCAACUUCGGACUGGUGUGCAAGAACGAAGACCAGGUUGGCCAGUUUAGGAUGUGCCUCAACUACAAGAUCCGCGUCCUCUGCUGCAGCCCAAACCCGCUCUGCUCUACCACCACCAUCACGCCCACCCCCAGCCCCACCACCAGCACCAGCAGCCCGUGGACGACCACCCCCACGGAAUCACCCCCCACAGUCACAACCUCCACCAGCACCCACUCCACCUCCUCCGAAACCACACCAACAACCACCACCCUCCCCAGCACCACCACCUUCAUACCCAGCGUCCCCUCCAGCACCACGCACUCCACUACCUCCUGUCAGCCGGAACAGUGCUCCUGGAGCGAGUGGUUCGAUGUCGACUUCCCCUCCUCGGGGCCCGGCCAGGGAGACUUUGAAACCUACCAGCACAUCAGGGCCGCCGGACAGAAAGUCUGUCGGCACCCAAGAGACAUCCAGUGCCAGGCGGAGGACUACCCCGAUGUUUCCAUCGAGCACGUCGGGCAGGUCGUGCAGUGCGACGUCAACUUCGGACUGGUGUGCAAGAACGAAGACCAGGUUGGCCAGUUUAGGAUGUGCCUCAACUACAAGAUCCGCGUCCUCUGCUGCAGCCCAAACCCGCUCUGCUCUACCACCACCAUCACGCCCACCCCCAGCCCCACCACCAGCACCAGCAGCCCGUGGACGACCACCCCCACGGAAUCACCCCCCACAGUCACAACCUCCACCAGCACCCACUCCACCUCCUCCGAAACCACACCAACAACCACCACCCUCCCCAGCACCACCACCUUCAUACCCAGCGUCCCCUCCAGCACCACGCACUCCACUACCUCCUGUCAGCCGGAACAGUGCUCCUGGAGCGAGUGGUUCGAUGUCGACUUCCCCUCCUCGGGGCCCGGCCAGGGAGACUUUGAAACCUACCAGCACAUCAGGGCCGCCGGACAGAAAGUCUGUCGGCACCCAAGAGACAUCCAGUGCCAGGCGGAGGACUACCCCGAUGUUUCCAUCGAGCACGUCGGGCAGGUCGUGCAGUGCGACGUCAACUUCGGACUGGUGUGCAAGAACGAAGACCAGGUUGGCCAGUUUAGGAUGUGCCUCAACUACAAGAUCCGCGUCCUCUGCUGCAGCCCAAACCCGCUCUGCUCUACCACCACCAUCACGCCCACCCCCAGCCCCACCACCAGCACCAGCAGCCCGUGGACGACCACCCCCACGGAAUCACCCCCCACAGUCACAACCUCCACCAGCACCCACUCCACCUCCUCCGAAACCACACCAACAACCACCACCCUCCCCAGCACCACCACCUUCAUACCCAGCGUCCCCUCCAGCACCACGCACUCCACUACCUCCUGUCAGCCGGAACAGUGCUCCUGGAGCGAGUGGUUCGAUGUCGACUUCCCCUCCUCGGGGCCCGGCCAGGGAGACUUUGAAACCUACCAGCACAUCAGGGCCGCCGGACAGAAAGUCUGUCGGCACCCAAGAGACAUCCAGUGCCAGGCGGAGGACUACCCCGAUGUUUCCAUCGAGCACGUCGGGCAGGUCGUGCAGUGCGACGUCAACUUCGGACUGGUGUGCAAGAACGAAGACCAGGUUGGCCAGUUUAGGAUGUGCCUCAACUACAAGAUCCGCGUCCUCUGCUGCAGCCCAAACCCGCUCUGCUCUACCACCACCAUCACGCCCACCCCCAGCCCCACCACCAGCACCAGCAGCCCGUGGACGACCACCCCCACGGAAUCACCCCCCACAGUCACAACCUCCACCAGCACCCACUCCACCUCCUCCGAAACCACACCAACAACCACCACCCUCCCCAGCACCACCACCUUCAUACCCAGCGUCCCCUCCAGCACCACGCACUCCACUACCUCCUGUCAGCCGGAACAGUGCUCCUGGAGCGAGUGGUUCGAUGUCGACUUCCCCUCCUCGGGGCCCGGCCAGGGAGACUUUGAAACCUACCAGCACAUCAGGGCCGCCGGACAGAAAGUCUGUCGGCACCCAAGAGACAUCCAGUGCCAGGCGGAGGACUACCCCGAUGUUUCCAUCGAGCACGUCGGGCAGGUCGUGCAGUGCGACGUCAACUUCGGACUGGUGUGCAAGAACGAAGACCAGGUUGGCCAGUUUAGGAUGUGCCUCAACUACAAGAUCCGCGUCCUCUGCUGCAGCCCAAACCCGCUCUGCUCUACCACCACCAUCACGCCCACCCCCAGCCCCACCACCAGCACCAGCAGCCCGUGGACGACCACCCCCACGGAAUCACCCCCCACAGUCACAACCUCCACCAGCACCCACUCCACCUCCUCCGAAACCACACCAACAACCACCACCCUCCCCAGCACCACCACCUUCAUACCCAGCGUCCCCUCCAGCACCACGCACUCCACUACCUCCUGUCAGCCGGAACAGUGCUCCUGGAGCGAGUGGUUCGAUGUCGACUUCCCCUCCUCGGGGCCCGGCCAGGGAGACUUUGAAACCUACCAGCACAUCAGGGCCGCCGGACAGAAAGUCUGUCGGCACCCAAGAGACAUCCAGUGCCAGGCGGAGGACUACCCCGAUGUUUCCAUCGAGCACGUCGGGCAGGUCGUGCAGUGCGACGUCAACUUCGGACUGGUGUGCAAGAACGAAGACCAGGUUGGCCAGUUUAGGAUGUGCCUCAACUACAAGAUCCGCGUCCUCUGCUGCAGCCCAAACCCGCUCUGCUCUACCACCACCAUCACGCCCACCCCCAGCCCCACCACCAGCACCAGCAGCCCGUGGACGACCACCCCCACGGAAUCACCCCCCACAGUCACAACCUCCACCAGCACCCACUCCACCUCCUCCGAAACCACACCAACAACCACCACCCUCCCCAGCACCACCACCUUCAUACCCAGCGUCCCCUCCAGCACCACGCACUCCACUACCUCCUGUCAGCCGGAACAGUGCUCCUGGAGCGAGUGGUUCGAUGUCGACUUCCCCUCCUCGGGGCCCGGCCAGGGAGACUUUGAAACCUACCAGCACAUCAGGGCCGCCGGACAGAAAGUCUGUCGGCACCCAAGAGACAUCCAGUGCCAGGCGGAGGACUACCCCGAUGUUUCCAUCGAGCACGUCGGGCAGGUCGUGCAGUGCGACGUCAACUUCGGACUGGUGUGCAAGAACGAAGACCAGGUUGGCCAGUUUAGGAUGUGCCUCAACUACAAGAUCCGCGUCCUCUGCUGCAGCCCAAACCCGCUCUGCUCUACCACCACCAUCACUCCUACCACCAGUCCUAUCAUCACCACUAUUAGCCCUCAUACACCAUGUUUCUGUAAAAUUGGGAAUGCUAUUUAUUCACCUGGUGAUGUCAUUUAUAACAGAACAGACAGUGAUGGAUGUAGGUUUUAUGCUAUCUGUAGUCAAACAUGUUCAGUUGAACGAUUCACAGGAUCAUGUAAUUUUACUACUCCUCCAACCACUACUUCCCCCGAAACAUCUACAGAAACUAUAUCAGUUCCUCUGACUACCACUUCUGGAGCGGUUACCACGGGUUGUUAUUCUAGUACUCACCCUCCCUUACAGCCUGGCCAAAGAAUGAAAUUAUCCAACUGCACAGAACUCCUCUGUGAGGGAGACAACAAAGAAAAAGUCAUUCAAAUACACUGCCCACCUGUAAAGGAAAUCACCUGUGCCAAUAGAUAUCCACCAAUACUGGUACCUGAUGAAAAUGGCUGCUGUUAUCACUAUGAAUGUCAAUGUGUGUGCAGUGGAUGGGGCGAUCCUCAUUAUAUUACUUUUGAUGGAACCUACUACACUUUCCUUCAAAACUGCACUUAUGUCCUGGUGAAACAGAUUAUACCUAAAUAUGACAACUUCCGUGUUUAUGUUGACAACUAUUACUGUGAUUCAGAAGAUGGACUUUCCUGUCCUAAAUCGAUUCUUAUUUUCUACAAAUCUUCAGAAGUGGUGCUGACCCGUGAAUUAAUGAAUGGUGUGAUGAAGAAUGUGAUUUACUUCAAUAAAAAGAUUGUCCAACCAGGCUUCAAGAAAGAUGGCAUUUCUAUUUCAAUGCUUGGCAUCAAUAUGAUUGUUGAAAUACCAGAGAUUGGCGCAACCAUCACCUUUAGUGGGCUGAUUUUCUCAGUCAAGCUCCCCUUCAGCAAAUUUGGCAACAACACUGAAGGACAGUGUGGAACAUGUUCAAAUAACAGAUCAGAUGAAUGCCGCUUGCCAAGUGGCAAGAUCAUUUCCUCCUGUCCCAAAAUGGCUCAUUACUGGAAUGUUGGUAACAACACAUCAUGCACUGGAGUACCACCACCAUCAAUUGUAACCACACCUCCACCAUUGCAUCCCUGUAAAACACCUCUUUGCCAGCUUAUCAAGAGCGAAGUUUUUGAAGCAUGCCAUGAUGUGAUACCGCCAGAACCAUUUUACAAAGGCUGUGUUUUUGAUGGAUGUCGCAUGCGCAAUGAGUCCAUACAGUGUUCCAGUUUGGAGAUGUAUGCUACAGAGUGUGCUGCUAGAGGUAUCUGCAUUGACUGGAGAGGAAAGACCAACUCUGCAUGCCCAUACAGCUGUUCAGCAAACACAGUAUACAAGGCAUGUGGGCCCAUUAAUCCUGCUACCUGUGAGCCACGCUCUGUUCAGCACAGCGGCUAUGGUGUAACUGAAGGAUGUUUCUGUCCUGAAGGACAGACUUUCAUCAGUGAAGACAGCAACAUCUGUGUCUCCAAAUGCUCUUGUAGGGAACCAAGUGGAAUAUCCAGAAAGCCAGGAGAAAAAUGGAUGAAGGAUUGCCAGGAAUGUGUCUGUGACAAACAUACUCUUGAAGUGCAUUGUAUAAGACACAAAUGUCCUUUGACACAACCAGUAUAUUGUGAUGAUCCAGGUUAUGUGCCUGUUCAGGUACAGAUAUCAGAAGAUCCAUGCUGUAGCAGGACUGAGUGCUACUGCAACACUAGCCACUGCCCUGAGGUCACACACACAUGCUUAGCCGGACAGGAAAUGAUUACAACAACACAGCCUGGAAAAUGCUGUCCUUCCUCUGAAUGCAGACCUGGUUGUGCAGUCAACGAUACCUUCUAUCCACCUGGAGCUGUCAUCCCAUCCGGUCCCUGUGAAAAAUGCACCUGCUCUAAACUCUCUUACUCAAGCCCUCAUCAUGCCUUUGUCAAGUGCGAGCCUGUUAUCUGUGACACAUAUUGCCCAGCAGGUUACCAGUAUACACAGGAACCUGGCCAGUGCUGCGGCACGUGCAAGGCAGUGGCUUGUAUAGUGACCUUGGGAGACAAUACAACACAUGUGCUCAAAGUUGGAGAAGUCUGGAGCCCGCCUGGCAAUAACUGUACAUCUUACACAUGUGAAAAAUAUGAUGAUCAGUUCAUUCCAGUCAUUGUACAAAGAAGCUGUCCUUCCAUUUCAGACGACUGUGAUCCUGAUAACAUCAGGAUAUCAGAGGAUGGCUGCUGCAGAGUGUGCCCAGAACCACUGAAAACCUGUAAGAAGUACAAUACCACUGCUGUCAUCCAGUACGAUGGAUGUGUAUCUCCUGCGCCUGUUGAGCUAACAUACUGUGAAGGCGGCUGUAAUACUUACGCACGAUAUUCUCUAGAGACGAACAUGAUGGAACAUAAGUGCAUGUGCUGUCAGGAAACCAAGACCAGCCAAAGGCCAGUGAUCCUGACAUGCAGUGAUGGAAGCCAUCUUAAUUACUCAUACACCUACGUGGAGCAAUGCAACUGUGUGGGCAUGGAGUGCAUUCUUCAAAGCACUGACAGUCCUACCAACGACGCCAAACUAUCAGUGAAGGAGGCAAAGGCUUUGCCAGAGAAAGGGAAGGUCUAAAAUGACAACUAGUGAGAAGAAGCCAAACAAGGAAGAGUUGAACAUAGACUAAAAUAAACCUUUCAAAAAAUACGGAAGUGUCAAAAGCAGCUAAAAUUUUGGAUGAACAGAUGAUAUCUUCUGCCUGGCUCCUAUAUUAUUUCAGUUUUCAUUCCACUGCAUCUCUCAUUGCUUUGUGUAGCUUUUCUUUUACACCUUGAGAGGUACAGCAUAAAGUCAUUUUGACAUUUGCUGUUUGUUUGCAGUCCUUCCUGACUUGAAGCUUUCCCCUACUGGCAUGAUAUAGACUAGAUAGGCAUAAAAUAAACAUUACUGUGUAGGAAAUUAAGUUUUGCUAGCCAUUGCAUUCUGUACCAACUUGAAAAUAACUUAUCUUUCCACUAACAUAGACUGACCAUUUUUAGAACAUUUUCAUUCCAUUUCAUUGAGACAGAUCAAAAGCUAAAGUCCAGAAAAGAAAAGAAACAAAGAAAACCUCUCAGCUUCUUUUUCUUUUUGCUUUAAGGAAAACAUAGAUUGUAUAGAAAGCUGCACCUUCUCAAAACUGUAAACUUCAAUAUUAUGAGCAAUUUAUGAUGGGCAUUUUCCCUAUAUAUUCUUGUGAGAAAAGGAAAGAGGGCAGGCAGGCAGGCAGGAAGAAAGAUCCUAUCAUGAAAAGCUGCUGCACACUACUCUUUGUUUACAUAAUACCAUCAGCAUAGUAACUAUAGGAAAAUUUGGAAUUUUUUUUGUUUGUGGUUAACUGUUUACAGAAGAAGUAUAUAUAUAUAUUUUUUGCCAACGGGGCAUAUGAAGGAUUUUUGUAAACAAAAUAAUAAUAAUAAUAUUAUAUGUAAAUUCUUUCCUAGGAAGCUGAGAUUUGUUUUAAAAAGUUGUACCAUUGCUAUUUAUUUUAUUUUUGGAAAUUUGAUUUAUUGGGCCAUUUCCUUCAGAAUUUGUUACCCCAUUUCUUAGUCUUAGUGAUGUUAUCUGGUUGUGGUAUAUUUUCUUCUUCCAUUUUGUUUUGGAAUAUUGUUUAUUUUGUUCCUUAUGAAAAAAAGAAAUGAUGAUUAAUAAAUUUUAAGCAUUUUACAGCA